GAAGCUGAGCGGUGGCAACCGGCGAGCUGGGCCCAUAGCAAAUGUCCACGCGGGAUGACGAGAGAAAAAUCCUGAGCAGAGGAGCGGCGGGGAUAAGGAAGAAGAUGAGCUCAGGCGCCGCUCGAAGAACCUGCGUACGGCAAAAAUAUCGGAUGGUAGCGAUGAGUGGAUGAGCACAAGCAAAAAUAUCUACCGCCGUCCGCCGUGCAAGGGAGAGUUUGAUACGUGGAAAAGAAAAGGCUGAGAGAGAAACGGAUUUUGUUUUCCCACAGAACAUAUUUUAGUAUAGUUUACGACUGGACAACACAGUCUAACCUGUCGCGCCGCUGCCGUGCGAUUGGCGGUCGCCUUAUUCCGUCUCCCCUGCUAAUGCAUUACUAAUCCAACGAAUCCUUCGGUUUUGUAUUCUUCGCUUCCUUUCGCCUUCCUCUUCGCCUCUCUCUCGUGUUCUGGCGUCGCCGUCGCCGCUGGCGCGAGAUGGUGGAGACGCGGCGAAGCGCCGCGGCGAAGCGCUCGGCGGCGGUGGUGGAGGAGGAGAAGGGCUCGCUGGCAUCGCCAGCGCUGGAGCCCGCGGAGGACGCGCCGGCGGGUCUUGGAGCGGGUGACGAUGUCGCGUCGUCGCAGCCCCCGAAGCGCGCGAAGGUUGGGUGCACGGAGUCGGAUACCGCGAAGCCGUCGGUGGCGCCGGCUGCCGGCGCUGUUGCGGGUCCACUGCCCAACACGGCUGGGCUGCAGGCCAGGACCGGCGCCAUGGACAAGCUGGAGGCCUUCUUGAAGUCCAAGGAGGCUCAGUCCAAUCCGGCCGGUCAUAAGCAGGGGACUAAUGAUAAAGAUUUAUCGGCGAAGAUGAAGAGAGUCAUGGAUUUGUCGGAGGAUAUAUCGGAGAAGAUAAAGAGAAGCAAGGAUAGGUUGGCUGUGUUAUUGAAUAAGCCGGCUGCAGGCACCAGCAGGCGUCAGGAGCCCUGGUGCAGACUAAUUUCACAACAUUCCAUGCACCCUACCCUUUCUAUUUACGGUGCGAUUUUCACAAUUGGUCAUGGAGCGCAUCAUGAUUUCAGACUGGAUGAAUCAUCCACUGCCUCAUCUGUUUGUAGACUGAAGCAAGCUAAGCGAGGUGCACUCCUUGAAAUCUUUGAAUCCAAAGUUGUUCGUGUAAACGGGAAAUCUUUGGACAAGGCUGCCAAGGUUACCUUAAAUGGAGGAGAUGAAAUUAUCUUCUGUUCACCAGUGAGGCAUGCUUAUAUAUUUGAGCAACUUCAUGAGGAGAAAUCAAGCACUUCAGUGUUAUCUUCCACUUGCACUUGCAGUAGUAUCCAGCUGGGGCAACACUCACAUUUCAAUGAUAUUCAGGAUCAUGUGUCAUCUAAAGGGCGCAAAGCCUCAUCCUUUCUCUUUGGAAGAGGUCUAUCAGCAGACCCACUUAAUAUAUGUAAAACGACGGAGGGCCGGAGCCAGUUUAUCUCUGAAGAUAAUAUAUCAUCUGGUCGGUGUCAGCUACUAAAGGAGGAUUUGAUUAAUGCAACGGUUGAUGUGAGUGACAUCUCUGAGUCAUUUGAUAGUUGCCCAUAUUAUCUAAGUGAGCAUACCAAACAUGCUCUAAUGUCAGCAGCAUUUGUACAUUUACAUUGCAAGAACUACUUCAAGUUUACAAAAGAUAUAUCUUCUCUUAGUCAACGAGUGCUGCUAUCUGGCCCAACAGGAACUGAUAUGUAUCAAGAAUAUCUGGUGAAGGCCCUUGCAAAGUAUUUUGGUGCUAGAUUGCUCACUAUAGAUUCUUCCAUGCUGUUUGGUGGGCAAACUUCCAAGGAAUCAGAAUCAUACAAAAAGGGUGAUAGAGUGAGGUAUAUUGGCUCAGGCAUUAUCCUUGAUGGACAGAGCCCUCCAGAUUUUGGUUCACAGGGUGAAAUAUUUCUUCCUUUUGAAGAAAACAGAUCAUCAAAGGUUGGUGUAAGGUUUGAUAAAAAAAUUCUGGGAGGAAACAAUCUUGGAGGCAAUUGUGAAGUUGAUCAUGGUUUGUUCUGUUCUGUUGAUUCUUUAUGCCCCGACAUUCCAGGAUGGGAGGUUACGUUCAAACAUCCAUUUGAUGUGAUAGUUGAGUUUAUCUCUGAAGAAAUUCGGCAUGGCCCUUUAAUCCUUUUUCUGAAGGACACAGAGAAAAUUUGUGGGAAUAAUGAUUCCUAUCAUGGUCUGAAGAGCAAGCUAAAACAUUUUCCAGCUGGCGCUUUUAUAAUUGGAUCUCAAAUCCAGCCUGACAAUCGCAAAGAGAAGGCAAAUGUUAGUUCUCCUUUUCUUUCGAAGUUCCGGUACAGCCAAGCUAUACUUGGCCUCACAUUACAGGACAUUGAUGGGGGAAAUGAUAAUAAUAAAGAAACAUCAAAGGCAAUAAUGAAGCAUUUGAUCAAACUUUUCCCGAAUAAAGUGACACUUGAGGCACCACAAGCUGAAAUGGAGCUUUCACGGUGGAACCAGAUGUUAAACCGAGAUAUUGAAGUCCUUAAAGGAAAUGCAAACAUUUCAAAAAUACGCUCUUUUCUAACAAGGCUUGGAUUGGAAUGCACUGACCCUGAAGCGAUAUUGGUCACGGAUCGCAUUCUUACAAAUGAGUGUAUUGAUAAAAUAAUUGGUUUUGCUUUGAGCCAUCAACUUAAGAACUGUACAAAUCCAGACCCCCCUUUGGGUAGUGUGCAGUUUGCUCUAUCCAGCGGAAGUCUUAAGCAUGGCGUUGACAUGUUGAAAAGUAUCCAGUCUGGCUCGAAGAGCAGCACCAAAAGGAAAUCACUUAAGGAUAUUGCUACUGAAAACGAAUUUGAAAAGAGCCUUCUUGCUGAUGUCACCCCUCCACAUGAAAUUGGUGUUACCUUUGAGGACAUUGGAGCUUUAGAAAGUGUCAAAGAUACUCUGAAGGAGUUGGUGAUGCUUCCUUUGCAAAGACCCGAACUUUUCAACCGAGGACAACUUAUGAAGCCAUGUAAAGGAAUUUUACUUUUUGGCCCACCUGGUACGGGGAAGACAAUGCUGGCUAAGGCUGUGGCAACUGAGGCUGGUGCUAAUUUCAUAAACAUAUCGAUGUCAAGCAUCUCUUCAAAGUGGCUUGGUGAAGGAGAAAAAUUUGUGAAAGCUGUGUUUUCACUGGCAAGUAAAAUUGCUCCAAGUGUAAUUUUUGUGGACGAGGUUGAUGGCAUGUUGGGAAGGCGGGAGAACCCUGGAGAACAUGAAGCCAUGCGGAAGAUGAAAAAUGAGUUUAUGGUGAACUGGGAUGGUCUGAGAACAAGGGAGAAAGAACGUGUAUUAGUACUUGCUGCAACUAACAGGCCAUUUGAUCUUGAUGAGGCUGUUGUUAGGCGGCUUCCAAGGAGGUUGAUGGUGAAUUUGCCAGAUGCAUCAAAUAGGAGAAAAAUUCUUAGUGUAAUACUAGCCAAGGAAGAUUUGGCAGACGACGUUGAUCUAGAAACUAUAGCUAACCUGACAGAAGGGUACUCAGGCAGUGAUCUCAAGAAUCUGUGUGUUACUGCUGCACACCGUCCUAUUAGGGAGAUUCUUGAAAAGGAAAAGAAGGAGAGAGCUUCAGCAGAAGCAGAAAAUAGAUCAUUGCCUCCGUCACACACUAGCAAUGAUGUCCGUGCAUUAAGAACAAGUGAUUUCAUACAUGCGCAUGAACAGGUGUGUGCAAGUGUUCCCUCGGAUUCCAGUAACAUGAGCGAGCUUGUGCAAUGGAAUGAUCUCUAUGGAGAAGGCGGAUCAAGGAAAAAGACAACGCUAAGCUACUUCAUGUAGCUUAGGUUAUAAAUAUAUUGGGAGAAGUGCCCUGGCACAAAGCAGCAAUAGUUGGAGGCGGUGCAGUUGGAAAAAAAAAGCUAUGCUCAUCUGCCAGACAUCCAUAUCAAAGAGAAUUGAUGGUUCAGGUGGAGCGGAAUAGAAUGGAAUGGAAUAGUAUACAUACACAUGGUUGCUGCCUCUGCUCUGGGCCAUGCAUCAUGCAUCUGGACAGGACGGCUAUCCUGGCUUGCAGUUGCCCUAUGCAGUUUUGAGUGCAAUGGUCACCAUCUGUGAAGCACGGAUACCACAGAGAUCCUGGCCCCAACCACUCUUUUCACAAAUGGAGCUGAGGACCUUUGGAGUUCUACCAAAAGUGAUCUUAAAUCUUUGUUCUUUGACUUUCCGUUUUGUGAACGGAAGGCCCCACUCUGCUAGUAUGGAUUGUUGAUCCUCCGUUUCUCUGGUACUGACUGAACUGCUCAUACAAAACUCGUUCAACAGGCAGAAAUGCUGCCUGGUGGCCUUCUAGAGUGCUUCUUUGACGCCGCAGAGAGCACAUCAAAAAAUGUGUUUGUUUCGAACGAUUUGUGCUGCAUUCCAUUCACGGCGAUAUCAGGUGCCGUUGUUUGUGUUUGGUUCCGCAAUCAAGGGAGUGAAAGCCAUUAGCACAUCCAAUCAAACAAAUAGCGAUAUCUCUUUCACUGUACCAGUUAGCGCUGGUCUCGGAUGCUAUUAACAUUGCUGUUGUCUGUCUCGGAACCAAACACCGCCUAACUCGUCGGCUGUUAAAUAUUUCUGAACUGAAUUACUGCACUUGGUUGGGGUUUCAUGCUUAUCAAGUUGGCUUAUAUAGCCAACAAUACUUUGUGCAGUUCUGCAUCCUCUGCCUGCUUAUGCGCGAUCUCAUUGGCUGAGCGGUACGAAGAUAAAACGGUAGCUAAUCCGAAGCGAUGGCUUCUCUUUUUCUUUCUACGGUAUUUUGUCUCUAUGAAUUACAGUUACAGCAGUCAGAACAGCUGAUUUAAAACCGCAGCGAAAAGGCUGAUUGCCUUGCCCAUUUUUGGGUGGGUGGAGGUUAAUACAGAUUUCUGUAAUUUUUUUACUUUAAUAUUGUUUGACAUAUUGUGCAAGGCAAAUGAUUUCCUAAUGAUUUGUUCUACUUGAUAUUGUAAUCCAUAUUGACCUAUAUGCUAUGCUCAGUUCCUUAGAGCAUCUCCAGUACUUGAUAUUGUAAUCCAUAUUGACCUAGGGGAAAAAAAGGAGAAUUUAACCUGA